AUCCGGGAACGUCGUGAUCGUAACGUGAAAUAAUGAAUUUUGUUGUUUUAGAAUAUGGGUGAAUAUGUGCAAUAAUUUACUAAACAUUUAUGUGCAAAGUGUUGUGUUUUAAUUGUAUUUGUGUAAUUUGAGUGCGAAAAUGGCCACGGAUAAGAUUAAAGUAGCCGUUCGGGUUCGUCCUUUUAACAGGCGAGAACUCGAACUGGGUACACAAUGUGUGGUGGAAAUGGAGAGUCAGCAGACGAUUCUGCAGAUUCCGCAGUCGGCGCACGAAAAAGAAAGGAGACAACCAAAGACAUUUGCGUUCGACCACUGUUUCUACUCCCUGGACCCAUCCCUGCCACACUUUGCCUCUCAGAAGACAGUAUUCGAAUGUCUGGGCAGGGAUAUACUCGACAAUGCAUUCGACGGCUACAACGCAUGUAUCUUCGCGUAUGGACAAACUGGUUCAGGGAAGUCCUACACGAUGAUGGGCUCGCCGGGGGCUGAUGAAGGUGGCAUCAUCCCGCGGCUGUGCGACUCUUUGUUCGAAAGGAUCAAAGUACAACAGUCACCACCGGCACUCACCUAUAAGGUGGAAGUGUCAUACAUGGAGAUAUACAACGAACGAGUUCACGACCUGCUGGACCCCGAGACGACGAGGCGAUCACUGCGCGUGCGCGAGCAUGCCGUGCUCGGACCUUACGUGGACGGGCUCUCGCAGCUCGCUGUUACUUCAUUUCAGGACAUCGACAACUUAAUGACCGAAGGCAACAAAUCGCGGACAGUCGCUGCGACGAACAUGAACAGCGAGUCUUCUCGAUCGCAUGCAGUCUUCAGCGUAGUCCUCACCCAGACAUUGACCGACGCUGCGACUGGCGUCUCCGGCGAAAAAGUCGCACGACUAUCGCUUGUCGACCUGGCGGGGUCUGAACGAGCGGUGAAGACAGGCGCUGUGGGAGAUAGGCUGAAGGAAGGCUCAAAUAUUAAUAAAUCCCUAACAACGCUUGGGCUUGUGAUAUCGAAACUUGCAGACCAGUCAUCCGGCAGUAAGAACAAGGACAAAUUCGUGCCCUACAGAGACUCAGUGCUCACUUGGCUGCUCAAAGACAACCUUGGAGGGAACAGCAAAACUGUGAUGGUGGCCACCAUAUCACCGGCAGCAGAUAACUACGAGGAAACUCUAUCGACGCUUCGGUACGCGGACCGAGCGAAGCGCAUCGUGAACCACGCUGUUGUCAACGAGGAUCCGAACGCGCGCAUCAUUCGCGAACUGCGCCAGGAGGUCGAGACUCUGAAGGAGAUGCUGAAGUAUGCUACCGUCAGCGGCACGGGUUCACCAGUGGGUGAAGAAGUCCACGAGAAACUGGCGCAAAGCGAGCACUUGAUGAAGGAGAUGUCGCGAACGUGGGAGGAAAAACUGGUUGAAACUGGUCGAAUACAAAGCGAGCGUCAACAAGCUUUGGAGAAGAUGGGCAUCAGUGUGCAGGCCAGUGGUAUCAAAGUGGAGAAAAACAAGUAUUAUCUCGUCAAUCUAAAUGCUGACCCCUCGCUCAAUGAACUGCUCGUUUACUAUCUCAAGGACCGCACACUAGUAGGAGGUUCCAGUUCAGCGGACAUCCAGCUCUCCGGCCUAGGCAUACAGCCGGAACAUUGCCAGCUCCUAGUCGAAGGUGGCGGCUUACACAUGGAGCCGCUUGGAGCAGCGCGCUGCUUCGUGAAUGGAACGCCAGUCGUGUCGCGAGUGAGGCUCGGUCAUGCUGAUAGAAUACUGUGGGGGAACCAUCACUUCUUUAGGGUUAAUUGUCCUAAGGCUGCUGAACAAGACUCUGGUUACUCGACAGCGGCGGCGUCCGAGCCACAGACUCCCGCGCAGCCGAUCGACUACAACUUCGCGAGAGAUGAGAUCAUGUUGAACGAGUUGAGCAACGAUCCUAUACAGACUGCUAUAUCCAGGCUUGAGAAGCAGCAUGAGGAGGAUAAACAAGUGGCACUAGAGAAACAAAGGCAGGAAUACGAGCGACAGUUCCAACAGCUAAGAAACAUACUGUCUCCCUCUACGCCUUACCCACCGUAUGCGUACGAUCCGCUCAAAUUAGGUAAAAUGACAGCUUGCACGCCCACAACAGCGGCUCGCGUAGAACGCUGGGCGGCCGAACGCGACGACACAUUUAAACGCUCGCUCGGACGACUCAAGGCAGACAUACUGAGAGCCAACGCCUUGGUGCAGGAAGCCAACUUCUUGGCUGAAGAGAUGAAGAGGAACACCAGGUUCAGUGUCACGCUGCAGAUACCGCCUCAGAAUUUGAGUCCUAAUAGAAAGCGCGGCGCCUUCGUAUCAGAACCCGCUAUAAUGGUAAAGCGCCCCGGCCGUAGUGGCCAAGUGUGGUCGAUGGAGAAGCUGGACAACAAGCUGGUGGACAUGCGCGACAUGUACGACGACUGGCGCCGCCGCCCCGCUGACACAGAGGUACGCCUGCCCUCCACUGACACCGAGCCGUCAGAAACAGCAAUAGAUCCGUUCUACGAGUCACAAGAGAAUCACAAUCUGAUCGGCGUCGCCAACGUGUUCUUAGAAGCGCUGUUCCAUGAUGUCACGUUGGAUUACCAUACGCCUAUCAUCAGUCAACAGGGAGAAGUCGCUGGGAGGUUACAGGUUGAGAUAAGUCGAGUCGCGGGACAAUUUCCUCAGGACAGAAUUUGUGAAGCGGCUUCUGACAGUUCAGGCGAUAUGAGGGACGAUGACGAUCCUGUUGAUCCCGCCACGCAACAGGUGACAAUCCGCGUUGCCAUAAAGCAAGCGACGGGCCUACCCCCAUCGCUAUCACACUUCGUGUUCUGCCAGUACUCAGUAUUCGGCGGCGGCGGGUCGGGCGAGCCCGUGGUCGUCCCGCCCGUGGUCAGCGCCGACUCGCCCGCGCCUGCCAACCCGCCCGCGAACCCGCCCGCGCCGCUGUCUCCGAGGCACCAGUCGCUCAUGACCUUCCGAUUUGAUCAUAAAAAGGAUUUCACUAUACCGCUCACCGAGGAGUUUAUUGAGCAUUGUGCAGAGGGAGCUUUAUCUAUCGAGGUAUGGGGCCACCGUUCGGCCGGGUUCAGUCGAGCCCGCGGCAACUGGGAGGUGGAACAACAACAGCUCGCCAAAGCGCGGUCACUCGCCGACCGCUGGACCGAACUCACGCGCAAGAUCGAACUCUGGGUGGAAAUACACGAGCUUAAUGAUAACGGGGAAUAUGCGCCGGUGGAGGUUGUACAACGCAACGAUGUGUGGACGGGUGGGGUAUACCAAGUCCGGCAGGGCCAGCAGCGCCGCAUCGCCGUGCGCGUCCGGCCCGCACACAACAGUGGCACGCUACCGCUCGUGUGCCAGCAAAUACUCAGCAUCGAAGUCGGCUCCGUCAGUGUCAGAUCACGCCUACAAAUGCCGUUGGACUCGUAUCAAGAUGAGGACUUGGCGGUAUUACGGGAGAGGUGGAGCGACGCGCUGUUUCGUAGACGGCAACAUUUACAUGCACAGUUACAGAAACUGGUGAACAUGUCGCCAUCAAUGAAGAGUGAACGUGACAACGAGCGUGAACAGUCACUCGUCGAACAAUGGGUUUCACUUACCGAAGAGAGGAACGCCGUGUUAGUCCCUAGCCCGGGCAGUCCCAUCCCCGGAGCGCCAGCCGCGUGGGUGCCGCCCCUAGGAAUGGAGCAUCACAUACCUGUGCUGUUCUUAGACCUCAACGCCGAUGACCUAACAACCCACCCAAGCGGCGAGGAGGUAACAGUGGCAGGCUUACACUCCAUCCUGCCUAAAGAACACGGUAACAAGUUCUACGAGCUGCAGAUAUUACAUCAUCACGACAAGGACGUGUCUGCCGUCGCCUCAUGGGACUCCUCCAUACAUGACUCGCAGUACCUCAAUCGGAUUACUGAAGCCAACGAGCGCGUGUACCUGAUCCUGAAGACGACCGUGCGUCUGUCGCACCCCGCCCCCAUGGAUCUCAUACUUAGGAAACGACUAGGGUUAAACAUAUACAAGCGACAGAGCCUCACCGACAGGAUACGGAAGAAAAUCGUCAGUUACUACGCCGACAGGACGGACCAGCUGACGCAGACGGGUGUGACCUACGAGGUGGUCUCCAACAUACCCAAGGCUUCUGAGGAGUUGGAGGAGAGGGAGAGCCUCGCGCAGAUAGCAGCUACAGGGGAGGAGGCCAGCGCUGCUGAUGGAGAGACUUAUAUCGAAAAAUACACCCGCGGCGUGAGCGCAGUAGAAAGCAUACUGACUCUAGACCGACUGCGGCAGAGUGUCGCCGUCAAGGAGCUAGAGCAGGCGCGAGGACAGCCCAUCACCAUGCGCAAGACCGCUUCUGUGCCUAACUUCUCACAGCUGUCGCAGGCGCUCGAGAACGCCGCCAAGAACGGGAACAACUUGAUGCGCCUGGACUCGUCGUUCGAGUCUCUAGCCGGGCUAGCGUCAGGCCGCGCGGGCAGCAUGGCCGACUUAGCCGACGAGACUCCGCGCCGCUCCGUGCACCGACACUCAUACGCCGCCCCUUCGCACAACGACCCCGAAAUACCAACACCCACCAAACCAUUCGGACUCGGCUCGUUCCUAUCAGCCCGGCCAACGUUCCUAAACUUGAAUUUGAACCUGAACUCACUGCGACUACAGACGCCCAACAAGUCGUCUCCAGCGAGUGGGAAGCUAGGACUGCGCAUGACGACGUUACACGAGGAGCCGGGGCGGCGUAAUGAUGAUGACUCGCAUUCGGAGCCCGAGUCCGCGCCCGCUGACGAGCUCGCCACGCCGCUGACACACCGCACACGCAGCCGCGCCACGUCCCGCGGGUUCCUGCCGACAUCGAAGACGUUGGACUCGCUGCACGAGCUGGCCUGCGAGCGGGUGCCUAACAAGAACUCGCCCUCAAUAUCAUCUAGUGGUUAUGGUUCACAAGCAGUAUCAUCAACAAACUUGACGAACGACGACACACUCUCAAUCCGGAGCAUGUCGGUCGACGAGACGCCAGACUUCGACAAAACCAUGGACUACACACACAUCAGCCGAACCAAAACCUCCAUGCAGGGCCUUCGGAACGAAAUCACGGAGUUACGAAACGACAUCAACGAUUUAAAGCACGAUAUUGUCGAAUCGAAACAUGAGCUAGACGAUUCGAUGUUCGAGAAAGCGAAAACUCCAGUAUUAACCCCCGGUUCAAGAAACCGGAUUAAUCCGUUUUUGAGGGAUUGCGAGGAGGCGGUUAAAGAGGAAGAGUCGAAGGGACCGCUUGUGGAUCCUUUGGGAGCUAUUCCUGUUGAGAGUGCCACGUUGCCUAGCAACAAGAGCGUUGAGAGUGCACAGUUAAAUGGAGAGGCGAGGCACGAACAAACUAAUAAUGUGUCGCAUGAUACUUCUCAUGAUACGUCGUUUGGUGAAGCUGAAGUAGAAUCAGUGAGUUCAGAACAGUCGAGUCACGACACAGAGCGCAGUCGGGAGGCGUCGUCUGUCGGCGAGAGCGACUCCGCCUCCACUGGGCCCGACCAGCCUGUUGUCAAGACGCAGUUGCCUGCUGGCAAGGUGGUGCGUCGUCGCGCCGGCGGCAGCGCUCGGACGGGCUCCCGCCAGACCACGACGCGGCCUCGCUCGGCACACGAACCCGCGCUUCACCACACGCCUGCCUCAUCCACUGAACGCAUAGUCGAUGACGAGUCGUCGGAGUCGCUGCAGCCGUGGAUGACGGUGGGCGAGAGCGUGGCGCUGCGGCUGAGCAGCAGCACGGGCGUCAUCGCCUACACCGGCCCCACGCACUUCGCCGCCGGCACCUGGAUCGGCGUCGAGCUCGAUGCACCCACUGGCAAGAAUGACGGUUCAGUAGGCGGCACGCGGUACUUCGAGUGCCGUCCUCGGCACGGCAUCUUCGUCCGCGCGGACAAGCUGGUGCACGACCGGCGCGGACGCUCCGCGCGCGCCUUCCGCGACAACGAGCUCAAGCGCGCGCAGAGCAAGGGAGAAGGGCUACACAACUUGCACAGAUCACGGAGUCGCGGCGACAGCAUAAACGCCGUCGGCACCAAAACUAGGAAUAGCAAAUAGAGCCCCACAACGCUCCCUCGACCGACAGCCGACACAGCCACACCCGCCAGUGUAUCGGACCGAAUUUAUAUUUACGUCCCACACUUGUAUAGAAAACCGCAUUUUUUGUUGCAGUCAUGUAACUCGUAUGGUGCUUAUAUGUAUUGUAGAUGUUUAUUUACUACCCUCGAAGCAAUAUUGUUCGCCUUCGUUUUUUUAUUGUUGGGGACUAAGAAUGGGAAACUAUGAUCUCAAUUUUAUUGACUUUGUUAAUAAAAUUUGUAGACGACGCUAUGUUUCCGGGAUGUGCAACUUUCGAUGUCCUGAAGGACGAAGUCAUCGGGAAUAGAGACCGCCCUAGUUGGUACAGGUCUUUACAGAAGUGAUAAUGAGUAGACAAUUUUUAGUAGAUAAUUUAACAAAUUUACAUGUCACUGGAUUUAUUUGUAAACGAAAUGUAUAUCUUUACCUCUUUUAUUCAAAGAGGACUGUUGACUUAAGUGAUAUAUGAAAUUAAUCUAAAUAAGAAUAGAACCAAUGCCGUGUAAUGUUUGUUAUGGAUUGUAAAACACAUAUCACUUUUGUAGCGGUCUGUACUAGUCGUUUUGUUUUAUUGUAUUAUGAAUUAAAUGAAAUUAUUUUCAAAUAUUUGUAAAUAUAAAUAUGGAAUUAUAAUGUGAUUUAAUUUUAUCAUUUUAUGAAAAAGUCCUGUAAAUAUGUGUAUUUGCGUGUGUAUUAUUAUUUGUAAUGAUCAUCGGUGAUUGAAUAUCGUUUAUUAAGUUAUUUGUAUAAAUUCUUUCUAAUGUAUAGUUUGUGGUGAUAGAUGUUACGGUAAUGUAUACUUAUUUAUAUGUAGCUCAUCGACCACUGUCUGCUUACCCUCGUGUGUACAGGUUUAUAUUCUGUACACGGAAUAUAUCUUCUUUGAUUUUGACGUUUUACUGUUUCUCUUCACUGUUGCAUUUUAUAUGACAUUUUUAAUGUUAGGGUGGAGCGUCCGACUAGUGACCACAUUUAUUAAUGAGUUGACUUAAUUUUAUCGAAUGUAUAAUGUUAAGUUAUAUCAAUAGUUUCGUUCGAUAUGUUUUGUUGUUAAUUAAUUAAAUAGUGGUUAUAGUUGUAUGCUCCACCCUAUCACUUAUAAUAUUCUUGACCUAUACUUCUUACUGCUCACGUGCAUUUUGUGUUCGACACACGAUUGCCAGUUUUAAUUGUGAUAGUAUCUUGCCACCUAACUAUAAAAAAAAACAUAUUUUUUUAUUUCGACGCCUGCUUUUGCCCCUUUUGUUUAAAGGUGUAUCUCAAGUAGUUUAUGAAAUCGUCCAAUAUUACAUCUUCGUCCUUGUAAAAGACUUUGUACUUAGUACACAAAACAGCCACUGACGGAUAACUCAAGUCCAGACAUUGACGCUCCGAUGUGCGGCGCAAGCGGUCAGCGAAUCGAGUCAAAUCAAUACUGCCAUUUAAUGCUUGUUAUUCGAUAAAAGCACUAGUAAUCAUUUCUAUUCUAAUAUUAAAUUUUUAAAUAUCGAAUAAGUACCGAUCGUCAUUUUUGGCGACGAGGUCUCUUGCCAAGUAGACGCUGUCAACUCUGACAGAUGUGACGUCAUAGCUUCACUCAUCUCUUGCGCCGCUCACACAUUAUAUCGAUUAGGUUGUGUAUAUUCGAAAUUUUAUGUAAAUGUAGUCGUGAAUCGGCAUUCUGUAAAUUAAAAUGUCACUACGAAAAAAUUGUCCUCAAUUUAUUAUCUCCAUCCACCUUCGAACAAUAAAUCGGUGAGAUAUCUAACUGUAAUUAGUGAAACAAAAAAUCUUAAUCGAUGUUCUCUCCAUUAUAGUAAUAUGAAGAGUUAUAGUUAAAUUUUUUGAAUAAAGCCUAAUUUGGAUAAAUUAUCAAGAUAUAUUGUAGCGGCAUAGUGCGCGUGUAAUCGUAUUAGGUAAUGUCCACAUUGUUCGCUCCGUGGUAAUACGGGGCAAUAGUCUUAGAUCACCUAAUGUAUAUUCCAUCCUUUUAGUAAAGUAAUCGUUCGUAAGUACACUAAAUGAGUACACAAAAUAGAGUAACACGCCUGGUUAUCUAAUAGUGUUUGUAAGUCCACUUCAGCGUUCAUUCAUAGUUCGCCACUUGCCUCCAUUCCUUGAGUUAUUCUGUGACGUCACAUCGUAGACCAGUCUAGUUCGCGUAACAUCUGUGCGAGCUGUACCACCAACCGACGGCUUGCGAUAUGUGACGUCAACGAAUGCCUCUGUAAACAUUAUGUAUAUUUACAUUUAAAUUGUAAGUUAUUAAUAUAAAAAACGUUAUUCAAAAAUAUUAAACCAGCUGUUUCAAAAGUAUGCACUCGAGAAUUUAAUGCCAACUUUUAGUGGGACCGUGAUUCCAUAGCGGGCAGUCCGUGGUGUAAUAUUCUUCGCUACCAUCACUUUGAGCUCGUUUAUGUUGUUGUGACGUCAUUGGACGGCCUCGCGCGGGACAGCGGUCCAAAUAAUUUGUAAGCAUUGACUGACAUCAUAUUGUCACACAUUCAUAGAGUUAUCACGAUUUACAUUUAUCGAAUGCUUAUUAGACUGUCGUACUUAAACAUUCCAUUUUUUCUAUACAUUUAUCGUUCUAGCAGACGUUCAGUAGUAUUUAUCAGUGAUUAGUUAGAUUUUUAACUACAGAAUGCGACUUAUAUGGCGUUUAUUUUGCAUUUUACGAUUUUUAACUUUGAAUGUAAAAGUAUAUUUACCAUUAUAAUAAAUAAAUCUGGCCCUAACUAGGACAGCUCAAUGUGUAGUCGACGUUAAUAAAAUCUAAAAUGAAAUAUACGUAUUUUCAAAUAUAGUAGGAUGUGUCUUUGAAACUCUUGAUGUGCUUAUGUCCAGUAGUUUGGUAGAACUCGGGCAGUGGACGAGCGGUCAAGCGACGCGUCGGCAGUCAGGCGUCGCGUCGGAGUGCGCACUAGGGCUCCUAGGUUUAGGCAAAUAGUGACCUUAAAAGCAGCGUCUCGUAGGUCCUAAUUUAAUUUUUAGAAAUUAAGCUGACCAUGUGCUGUGCUUUUGUUUUAAACAAAUAGUUUUUAGGUAAUUAAAUAAUUUGUUGUUUAAUAAUAUUUCAUUUUAGAAAAUUGUGUGUAUUAUUCGCAGUCAAUUCAAGAUAUCACACGCUUUUACGAAUGUGAAUGUAAUAUUAUUAUUUUAUGAAAUUGUGACUUGCAUGGAUUUUAUUUUUAGCGUAGAUACCGUUAAGUAAAUUAAUUUGCCAGAAAUUGGAAAAUGUAAAAUAAAUAAAUGACAAAGUAAUGUAUGUAUUUCUAAUUCUUUUUGUGAUAAAUAGGCAGCUACUUUGUAGCAUAGAUGGUUGCAUCUUCAUUACUGUACACAUAAAGCAUAAUAAAGAGAUUUUAAUAUUUAAAUACAAAAAUAGUUCACUUCUAGUGGAAAUAUUUUUGCCAAGUAGCAAGUUCGAGUCAACCAUCGCUGUCAUUAUCAAUAAAUGUAUUAUAAAAUAUUA